AUGGGCGACGCACCACUACCCAGUGAGCAUGUGCUCAUCAUUUUAAACUACACCCUCCCCGACUCUCUGCUGGAGGCCAUUCGGCAGAAGUUUGCCGAUGCCGAGGUUACUCUUUAUUCUGCGACUCGGGGUGCAAAGGUGCCACCUGAGCUAUUCCGCAAAGCGACUAUCCUUGUCACAUUCAUUGAUUUGCCUGAACCCGAGGAUGCCGAAAAUUUGAAGUUUGUCCACACAUUCUCCGCAGGUCUGGAUCAUCUGAUGAAUAAUCCCCUCCUCAAGAGCGGUGCCGUUCCGUUCACUACCAGCUCUGGUAUCCACGGCCCACCAAUUGCAGAAUGGACCAUCAUGAACUGGCUAGUCUCCGCUCGCAAAUACAGUAUAAUGUACGAGGCGCAGAAGGAGCACAAAUGGGACAAGGAAACACCGUGGAUGCAGACAAACUACGACCAGGCUGGCAAGAAAGUUGGCAUCCUUGGUUAUGGCAGCAUUGGUCGACAGAUCGCUCGUGUUUCCCAGGCAUUGGGAAUGACCGUCCACGCCUACACUGCCUCUCCACGUCCAACGCCUGAAUCACGCCAUGAUAACGGGUUCAUCGUUCCGGGUACUGGAGAUCCCGAUGGUUCGAUUCCUGUAUCCUGGCACCAUGGAACAGAGAAGAGUCACAUUCAUGAGUUCUUGUCACUGGGAUUAGAUCACCUAGUCGUGUCUGUUCCGCUGACGCCUCAGACCACUCAUAUGCUGGGCGCAGAGGAAUUUGCUCUUCUAUCCGAGAACUCGAAGAAUCCCGGUAUCAAGCCGUAUGUGACGAAUAUUUCACGUGGAAAGGUGCUGAAUCAAGAUGCUUUGAUCGAAGCUUUGAAAUCUGGACAGCUGGGUGGUGCGGCACUUGACGUUACGGAUCCUGAGCCCUUGCCUGCUGAUCAUCCCCUCUGGGAUGCGCCGAAUGUGCAGAUCAGUCCCCAUAUCAGUGGAUCGGGGAGGGAAUAUUUCUGGCGGUCAAUUCAGAUUGUUAGGAUUAAUUUGGAUAGAUUGGCGAACGGGCAACCUUUGAUCAACAAAUACGGAGGAAAGGGCUAUUAG